AUGGCUGCACCCGCGCUGACAGCUGUUCAACAGGGGCAUUUGGAGACCCUGGCACCAGAUCUCCGCUUCCAGCUGGAGCAGGCGGAUGUGCCCGCAGUGUUGCAGGCUAGGCUGGGUGAGCUGGGCAUUCGCAACGUUGCUUUGUUUUCGGGGCUUGAUGAGUCUCGCGAGCGAGUGAGAGCAGCUCUUAUUGCCGAGCUUCCCAUCGACCCUACAGCCGGGGUUGCGGAGCGGCUUAACGUGGCUCGCCUGCUUGCUGCAUGGGAAGCAUCAAGGUUGCAUCUUCAAGUUUCGGAGAAAAACAAAGCUGAAGCGCGCCUGGGCACACAGCAGCGUCUCGUCCAACCCAACGAGCAUCAUGCCAUGCGGUUGGCGGUGGAGGCUGCAGUGGGCAAACUGAAGGACAAAGAGGUACCAGCAAAGUCCGUGCUGGCCGCCAAGUUGGAACAGAUCGAGAAUAAUCAGCCGGUAGCCGAGCUACUCACCGAGGUAGCCUCUCUCGAGGACUCUGAGCUUGAGGCCUAUUCGGCUGUAAUUGAUCCUACAACCAACGUGCUCAAGAUUAAGCCUGGCAAGACUCUGACAGGUAUGCCGGACAACCCUGAAGAACUCAGGCUGCGGCAUAGACGCAUCGGUCUUGCCUGGGAUUUCUUAGCUACCAAGCAUGCCCUUCGCCCCUGGUUGUCCAAGAAUACCACUGAUGUCUUGAGGAGGUUCAGCGAUUAUGUCUUGGGAUCCCAGGUGGCCGGCUUAGUAGCCGGAGACGGCCAUACGCCUACCUGGAGCAUGGUCCUGCACUUUGAGCUGGAGGCCCGCAAGUCAGUGUACCGGUGGAUCAGGGACGGGGAAGCGCUCUCCUUAGAAGACGCAUUCUCGAAGGCCACACAUGACAUGGAGCUGCUGAAUAGGCAUCUCGUGAUACCUUUCUCGCUUCGGGCGGUACCUCCUCCACCCACGGCACCUUCGGCGUGGGAACGAGCAGGCAAGCCAUUGCGAACACCGGGCAAGCGUACCAUUGCUCCUUCAGCAGCCGACACGCCGCCGGCGAAGAAAGCGGCCAAGCUGAUGAAGACACCAGAUGGCAAACCCAUCUGCUGGAAGUACAAUCGGAAAGAGGGUUGUACCAACACAUCGUGUCGCUUCAUUCAUGACAACGACACCGAGGAGAACGUCUCUCAAGGAGUGUCACGCCGUGCUGAUUUAAAGUCUUGCUUGGCUGAUGCUUGUCAUGCAGCGGGCCUCACCUUUCGGUGUCACGAAGUGGACAUCCAACGCGAUGAGGCCCAGGACGUUCUCUCCGAUUCAUUCUGGUUGAGAUUGCUCAAUCAAGUUCGUCGUCAUGAAUUCACUAUAAUUUUCAUGAGUCCGCCCUGCUCUACUUUCAGCAGGGCUACGUUUUCAAACCGAUCUGGACCGCCGCCUCUGAGGAAUUCUGACUGGCCCGAGGGCUUUCCGUGGCUGUCUGGCACCUUGAAGGCCAAGGCCGAGGCGGGCACCAUGUUAGUUCGUCGUGCGCUGUCGCUGGCCACGCUAGCAUCCUCGGAGAACAUUCCGUGGCUUCUUGAGCAUCCCGAGUUUCUGGGCGCCACGGAUGCCGGCACCCCGGCUUCUAUCUGGAUGUGGGAAGAAGCUGUGCAAGUCUUUCAAGCUACUCGUGCUACGACGGUGGCGUUUCAUCAAUGUGCCUAUGGUGCUGAUCAUCGGAAGCCUACUCGAGUGGCUGGUACUUGGCAUGGUCUGCGUACUCUGGGUGUUGCCGGCUGGCCCCGCCUGGAUCGCGCUCAGCGCUAUCGCGGUCCCCUGUCACGGACCUGUGGUCACAAGCACACCCCUCUCAUUGGGACCGAUGAGCAUGGGGAUUUUCGUACAGCUCCUACUGCUGCUUAUCCACCUGAGCUAUGCAAAGCUCUGGCCAGCUUAGCGAUGCUGACGCACCAAAGAACGAUGUCCUCCGAAUCGGGGACGGGGGAGAAGCAAGCUCGUUCUUCGGACACUCUCGAGAACGCAACAUCUUCGGCCAAGAUUCAUCCGGCCGAGGCUCUGGCAGCGUGUCAAAGUCAGGGUGAGGUCUCGUGCAACAUCCUUCUUGAAAUGUUUGAGCUGCUCCCGGGCGAGAACAUGGCCCGCGAUGGAGUCACUUGGAAUGAUUCGAAAUCAUUUGCGAUUGGUGCCUAUGCUGUGGGCGGCAGCCUUUCCGGGUUGCGUAGGAAUUCCAGGGUGUUUCCCGGGGUCGCUAGGGUUUUGUGCAACUUUGUGCGGAGCCUGGAUGCUUCCUUUACAUUCACUGCCGUGGGAAUAUUUCGGAACUUGCAGACGGCUCCCCACAGGGACUCGGGCAACGAAAGGGGGUCCCGGAACCUGGUCGCUGGACUGUCGUCCUUCAGGGGCGGAGGCAUCUGGACUCAAGAUGGGGGCGGUCAGGAGGCAUGUCCAUCUGAUCCGUCAUUGGGUCCAGGCCGCACGCUGGAGAUCGACUCAGGUGGGCACAUCGUCUUCGACCCCUCGGUGUGGCACUGCACUCAGGCUUGGAAGGGGACGAGGACAGUUCUUGUUGCUUACACACCCCGCGUGAACGAAUCUUUCCCCGCCGCGGAAUGGGAGCAGCUGGGUGCCUUGGGCUUCAACCUUCCAGCUCGGCGGGGUGCCUCUACUUUGGGUCCGUGA